GAAAGCGUGGGUAAAAGGGAGUGUGUGUAUGCAUGUGGGUCUUAGAUCAGCACAUACAGGAACUGAAAUUAAGGAAAAGGGAACUAGAUUCGUUUGUGAAAUAGGACAACGCGGCUGGUCUGGAUCUGUUGUGGGUUCUUGAAAAACAAAUCUGAGCUGGGUCAGUGACGUACUGGGACAUUUUCUUGGGAAAAGGUGGGAGGUCUAGGGUCGAGGUGGACUAACAUGUAUUAGGGGCGCCAAAUCCCCUCUUCCCAAGCUGCUUUUAACCCUUGAGUUGCUUCUCUCAUUCUGCCUUGAUAUUUAACUGUUUUCCGUAUUUUAUACGUCAUAUUAUCGUAACAAUCUAGCGAUACGAUGCUGAAAGGAAAAAAACUUGUAGAAAAGAAGGAGGAAGAAAAGAAAGACAAGGAAGGAGGGAAGAUGGCCUUAAAGGUGACAACUCCUAGAUCGAUUUCAGUCCCAACCGAGGCAGCUCCCAUGCCAAAUAAGGUGGGCUUUCCAUCUGCCACACCCGGAAGCAUCUACAGCGCCAUCUUGAAUCGCAAUCAUGCCGUCAUCGAUGCAAAACGCCUGAAAAACUUCAUUGAGCUGCGGGACAAAUAUUUUCGCAAGAAGGUCCUAUUCGAAGACCCUCUUUUUCCUGCGGAUGACACAUCUCUCUUCUAUUCUGGCCAAUUCCCCAUCAAGUUUGAAUGGAAGCGCCCACCAGAGAUCUGCGAAAACCCACAGUUCAUCGUGGGAGGAGCCAACCGGACAGACAUCUGCCAAGGAGAUCUGGGUGACUGUUGGCUACUGGCGGCCAUUGCAUGCUUGACGCUUAAUGAGAAGCUUCUGUACAGAGUCAUCCCCCCAGAGCAGAGCUUCACUGAAAACUACGCCGGCAUUUUCCACUUCCAGUUCUGGCGCUAUGGCGAUUGGGUUGAUGUAGUCGUGGACGACCGGAUCCCCACUUUCAACAACCAGCUGGUCUUCACCAAGUCAGAAGUGAGGAAUGAGUUUUGGAGCGCCCUACUGGAGAAAGCCUACGCCAAGCUGCAUGGUUCCUAUGAGGCCCUCAAGGGUGGGAACACCACCGAAGCCAUGGAGGACUUCACCGGCGGGGUGACCGAGUUUUACGACAUAAAGGACGCACCCAAGGAGCUGUAUAAGAUCAUGAAGAAAGCCUUGGAGAGGGGGUCUCUCAUGGGAUGCUCCAUGGACGAUACCUUGGGAUACUCCCCACCCCCAGACGUGCUGGGCCCUAUUAUCGAUAAGAUGAUCACAGAUGCACAAAAGAGCAAGCUGGGGGACACCUCGGGUGGGGCUUUAGUUCCAGCCCGGUUAGAGACCCGGACCGCCACUGGACUCGUCAAAGGCCACGCCUACUCUGUGACAGGAGUGGAGGAGUGUACAAAGUCACUGCAGAAGCAGCCCAAGAUACGCCUGGUGCGGCUCCGGAACCCGUGGGGUCAGGUGGAGUGGAACGGGCCAUGGAGUGACAACUCAAAGGAGUGGGCAUCUAUCGCCAAGGCAGAGAAAGAGAAGCUUCAGCAGCAAAAUGCUGAAGAUGGAGAGUUCUGGAUGUCCUUUGACGACUUCAAGAGGAACUUCACUAAGAUCGAAAUCUGCAACCUCACUCCCGACGCGCUUCAGGACGACAAGAUCCACAAGUGGACAGUAUCAGUGAACGAGGGCCGCUGGGUGCGCGGCUGCUCUGCUGGGGGAUGUCGAAAUUACCCAGACACAUUCUGGACGAACCCCCAGUACCGACUGCGCCUGCUGGAGGAGGACGACGACCCCGAUGACAACGAGGUGGCCUGCACUGUUGUGGUGGCUCUGAUGCAGAAGAACCGCAGGAUGGAGCGCAAGAUGGGGGCCAACCUCUUCACCAUUGGCUUUUCCAUCUAUGAGGUCCCUCAAGAGAUGCACGGCAACACGCAACACAUGCCGAAGGACUUCUUCCUCUACAAUGCCUCCAAGGCACGCUGCAAAUCCUACAUCAAUCUGCGGGAGGUGACGGAGCGCUUCCGCCUCCCCCCGGGAGAGUACAUCAUUGUCCCCUCCACCUACGAGCCCCACCAGGAGGGAGAGUUCAUCCUCAGGGUCUUCUCAGAGAAGAACAACUUGUCAGAGGAGAUAGAGCACCAGAUCGAGGCCAACAAGCCGGAGCCAGAGAAGAAAGAGAAGAAACGGAAGCCCAUCGUUUUCGUGUCAGACAUAGCGAAUGCCAACAAGGAGAUUGAGCAGGAGGAGUAUGAGGAGGAGAGUAAGAAAAAAAAGGAGGAAGUGAAAAAGCCAGCACCAGCCACCACAGAGUGCGAGGAGGACAAGCAGUUCCACAGCAUCUUCCAACAGAUCGCCGGGGAUGACAUGGAGAUCACGUCCAAUGAGCUCAAGAAUGUCCUGAACAAAGCCAUUGGCAAACACAAGGAGCUGAAGACCAUGGGCUUCUGCCUGGAGAGUUGCAGGAGUAUGAUUGCCCUCAUGGAUACAGAUGGGUCAGGCAAACUAAACUUUGAUGAGUUCAAACACCUGUGGAACAAGAUCAAACAGUGGCAGGGGAUCUUCAAGCGGCACGACUUUGACAAGUCUGGCACUAUAAACAGCUAUGACAUGAGGAACGCUGUCAAUGAUGCAGGCUUCCAUCUCAGCAAUCAACUAUAUGACGUCAUCACCAUGCGCUACGCCAACGACAACAUGAAGAUUGACUUUGACAGCUAUAUCUGCUGCCUGGUGCGGCUCGAGGGCAUGUUCAGGGCUUUCCAUGCUUUUGACAAAGAUGGAGACGGUCUGAUCAAGCUCAACGUCCUGGAGUGGCUCCAGCUAACCAUGUACGCCUAGAGGAAUCCUCAACGCCAAGCAGGGCCUCCUCUACACUGAAAUACGAAGGCUCGACCACACCAGAAGUUACCUCAGCCAUCACCCCACGGAAUUCGGCUCUACCCAACACUGACCGCCAGCUUCCUGCCCACACACUGUCAAUAUACCUCACGGACAAAGGCAGUUCUCUUUCACCAUACUGGGCACUCCUUGCCCAGACACAGCCAGGGUUUUAACUUGCAGCACAAAUCCCUUCCUCGUUUCACCAUCACUCAAAGAGAGAGGCUCAUUCCUCAAAGGUUGGACUUGUCUUUCAUCUCAACUAAAGUGCACCAAUGGAAUUCUUAGGCACAAUCCAAAAAAUAGUUUGGAAAGUGUUAGUGUCACCUCAUUGGGCAGAUAUAGAGGAGGAGGGUCACACGGCAGGCAAUCAAAUUAGGCUUUUGGGGGGAGGGGAUUAACCAAAGUUCUCUAUAUACAUAUGGUGUGAAUGUUUUUGUAGUGUAAUACUGAAGCUGCAUUUUAAAGAUACACUUGUUUGAAUUUCUUCAAAUCCUAUCAAACUAGGCUGUUCCAUAUUUAGUACAUAAAUUGCUAAUUAGAGUACCACAAUGAGACAUUUACUGACACUGUGCAAUUGUCUCGUUUGAACAGCAAUGUUGUAGUCUUUUAAAGGACGCCAUUUCACUUUUUAUUUUUAUUUGAAAGCCUGUUAAUUUAAACAAUACCGAUCUCAGGUUCUCUCGCAAACUUCCUCAAUAAACACCAAGCCAUGUCGAUUCAUUCGACUGAAAAGGUGCUCGAGCACACGCAAAAAUACAACGAAACACAGCGAAUGUCAAUUUGAAAAUAAACUAUUCAAAAAUUUA